AUGUCCAACGGCAGCUCCAUCACUGAGUUCCUCCUCCUGGCCUUCACAGACAGACGGGAGCUGCAGCUCUUGCACUUCUGGCUCUUCCUGGGCAUCUACCUGGCUGCCCUCCUGGGCAACGGCCUCAUCAUCACCACCAUAACCUGGGACCACCACCUCCACACCCCCAUGUACUUCUUUCUCCUCAACCUUUCCAUCCUUGACCUGGGCUCUAUCUCCAUCACUGUCCCCAAAGCCAUGGCAAAUUUCGUCUGGGACACCAGGGACAUCUCCUACCUGGGUUGUGCUGCACAAGUCUUCUUUUUAUUCUUCUUUUCUGAUGCAGAGAUAUCUCUUCUCACCAUCAUGUCCUACGACCGCUAUGUUGCCAUCUGCAAGCCCCU